CUGUUAGUCAAAUUCUACUUUCGCUUUUUAAUAACAUGUGCGACUUUGUCGUUCAAAAAUGUAAGUUAGUUUCAUAUACAUAUAUGUCAGAAACUGUACUUUUUCCAAGUGUAUUCUAAUAGGAUGACUGUGAUAUUUGCAAAGUAUGUCGCUAGAGUUACAAAUAUCGCAAUAAUUCCCAACAAAACACUACUUCAGAGAUGUACCUAUAGAUGUUACAGCACAGAGAAGCCGAAACUAGAAUUAACUCUGGCUAUUCUUAAGCCCGAUGUAACAUCUCGUCCUCACAUUGUGGAAGACAUUCAUGACAUUAUCAAAGAGAAUGGAUUCUUCUUUGUGUUAUCUAGGCAUUUACAUUUAACUCGUGCAAAUGCAGAAGAAUUUUAUAAGGAACACCAUGGUAAAUUUUUUCACAACCGCUUGGUGAAUUUCAUGUCAAGUGGUCACAUCUGGACGCAUGUCUUAGCCCGUGAAAAUGCUGUUGCACACUGGAGGAAAUUGAUGGGUCCCACCAAAGUGUUCCGGACCAUUCACUCUGAGCCUCAUUCCAUCAGAGGACUGUUCGGACUGACAGACACAAGAAAUGUGUGUCAUGGCUCAGAUUCACCUGAGAAUGCCUUGAAGGAAAUCGAAUUCUUCUUUCCAGAAUUCAAUGCAGAGAAGUGGUACAAAGAAGAUGAACAAUUAUAUUUUCAUGAAAAUGUAAUAUUUUGCAAUGAAUCCUUGACCCAUGUACUAAAGAAGAAAUAAGUCUGUCAUCCAAGCUGAAUAUUUAGUAACCACUGAUCUUGAAUUCAUGUGUGAAUUAACAAAAGGAGUAUAUUAUGUUUCAUAUUCAUGUGUAAAUGUUGUGCAAGAAUUAUGGACAAAUAAAUAUCAGCUUCCCUUUUA